AGGAAAUAAUUGCUCAUUUUCCCCGCCUCCCUUCUGAUAUCACAGUCUUCAGAAAAAGAGAAUCUCAUCUGGAAAUCAGAAUAAAAAUAAUCAGGCAGGGCGGCAUGGUGCAGCAUGUGAUGCCUUAGGCUGGGUGUGUGGAGUGCUGUGUGGGGAUUGAUAGAAUGUGUUUACUUGUGCAUAGCUUAAGGGGGAGCUGGUGUUAGGUUGUGGUUCAGGAGCGUGUGAGGCAAUUUAUGAAACUUGGCUUUGGGAUAGCAAACUGCCGUGGAGUGGGGGCCUGCACAAGCUUUGCCAACCACACCCCCCAGGACUGCGGCAUGACUCAUCAGGGCCUUGGGAGGAGGGCUCUUCCUCUGUCCCUAGAGACCAGGAAAUACCCUCCUCCCUAAUGCACUCUGAGCUGUGGUCUGAGAUGCCAGGGCUGCAGUGUUGUAGAGAAAGCUUCAACUUGUUUUUAACUUUCCAUUUUCAGCCUACGCCUGGAGAGGCUGCCCUUAGUCCCUGCGAGCCAUUGUAUCGAGACUUCUCUUCCUGUUGACUGCCAGAAACAAGCUUCCAUCUGGAGGUAGGAGAUGGCCUACUCCAGCUUGCACCCAUCCAUCCCUCAGCCCAGAGGUCCCAGGGCUAAGAAGGCAGCCCUUGUUUUGCUGAGUGUCUGCCUGGUAGCCCUUUGGCACUUAGGUGAGCAGCCAAAACACAUUCUCCAGUGGCUGACACUCCACCUGGCCUCCGUGCAGCUGGGACUGUUGCUCAAGAGAGUGUGCCAUCUGGCUGAGGAACUACGCCACAUCCACUCCAGGUACCAGGGCAGCUACUGGAAGGCUGUGCGGGCCUGCAUGGGCUGCCCCAUCCGCUGUGGGACUCUGCUGCUGCUGUCCUGCUAUUUCAUCGCCUCCCUCCCAAGUCCAGCUGACCCACCCUUCACUUGGAUGCUUGUGCUCCUGAGCCUCUCAGAGGCCGUGAACAUCCUCCUGGACCUCCAGUGCCUGGCCCCAGCUGAGGUCUCUGCAGUCUGUGAACAAAGGAAGCUCAACGUAGCCCAUGGGCUGGCGUGGUCCUUUUACAUCGGAUACCUGAAGCUGAUUCUGCCAGAGCUUCCGGCCCGGAUCCGCAGUUAUAAUCAGCACCACAACAACACGCUACAAGGCACAGCAAGCCACCGGCUGUACAUUCUCAUCCCAUUGGACUGUGGGGUGCCUGACAGCCUGAGUGUGGUUGACUCCAAUAUUCGCUUCCUGCAUGAGCUGCCCCCGCAGAAAGCUGACCGAGCCGGCAUCAAGAGCCGGGUUUACACCAACAGCAUCUAUGAGCUUCUGGAGAACGGGAGACCGGUGGGCACCUGUGUUCUGGAGUAUGCCACCCCCUUGCAGACCCUGUUUGCCAUGUCCCAGGAUAGCCGAGCUGCCUUUAGCCGGGAGGAUCGGCUUGAGCAGGCCAAACUCUUCUGCCAGACACUUGAGGACAUCCUGGAAGAUGCCCCUGAGUAUCGGAAAAACUGUCGCUUCAUCAUCUAUCAGGAAUCUGCAGAGGGAAGCAGCUUCUCCCUGUCACAGGAGAUUCUCAGGCACCUGAAGCAGGAGGAAAAGGAGGAGGUUAUUGUGGAUAGUGCAAGAACCUCGGCGAUGCCUGACUCUUCCACACUGUACCAAGAGCCCGAGCUCCUCAUCAGUAGCACAGAUCAGCCUCUCCCGCUCCGCACGGAUGUCUACUGAGGUCCAGGGUCAGCUUGUCUGAGCCCCCAGAAAUCCCCAAGACUCUCUGGAUUGGGGGCUUUCUUUAGGGGCUAGAUACUCAGCAAAGCCAUUUCCUCCCCCAGGGGCAUCUCAAAGAAGGCCCCGACAUCUCAAGAUGAGUCCUAGGACCUUGGGCAAGAUGAGUCUCAGUGCCUUCAUCUAUGAAAUGGGGUCAUAAUCACUGCCCUGCCUACCUCGGCACCCUCCCUGUGGUGUCAAGGUCACUAUGAACUGUCUGCAUGUCUUGAUCAAACUUGCCCAGGAACCCUGUGUCUCUCUAGAUCCCAUGAACUGUUUCCUCCCCCUGGCCCUUCAGACCCAGCAGAGGUAUGGCUCCCCACCGAGGGGCGUUGUGUCAUACUCACUGUCACCUUUGGUUCCCUUAUUCCUGCCUUUUCUAAAUGGUCCCCUUUUUAAACACUCCCCACAUUACACAUUUGAGUGUGCCACCUUUCUUUGGCUGAACUCUGACUGA